GUUCAUCAUUGGCAUUCCAAUCUCUUGUACAUUCAUAGUACCAGCUUCCCAUAACACACCUAAUUUUUCGGUCAUUUAGCUGCACAACAUGGCAUUGAACGAGAUUUCUUCUCCCUGUCACCAAGGCUUGACGCCUCCAAAUAGCCCAACGAAGGGGACAGCUACGUCUCAGACGAUCGUGGAGGAUCUGCAGCAUCACUUUGGUGUGCUUCUUGAGAAGGCGCUGCUCGAUCCUACCAGCGGGGAACCUCCAAACACUCUUGUCUCCCAGGACCAGUCCCCAUCCGGCCCCGACAUGGUUCGACUGAAGAAUUGGGACAAAGAAGCAUGCAAAUACAAGAUAGCAGAGCCAGUGGAGACCCGCAGUAAUCUAGACGACUAUGCUGAAUAUGCAUUCAUUGUCCGUAAACGUAUUGAACGGAAUUCCGAGGAGGUGACGUCCUACAUAGACAUCAAAUCGGAAGGCCUACGAGACAUCCUGCGUGUGGUUCUGCAUGACAUCAAAGCUAUUAGCCUGAUGGAGGACAAGCCAUCGAUCGAGCAAAACGUCCUUUUCCAUUUUAUCCCAGAGCUCGACAGAUGUGCGAAGAACAUGGACAACAGUUCGGACCACGACUCGGCACAUGCAGAGCAUCUCGGCCUGCUCAUCAACCACCUCAAGCUCGCAUAUGCUUCUAUCUCGCAGCGUCUCGACUCAAUAUUGCAGCACAGUCAUAUUACUUACGACCUUCUCUGGGUGCUUUUUAAACCAGGUUCCCAUGUUUUCACGACAUGCUUUGGCAUAAAAGAGCCGCGAUGUGUCAUAUUCGAUGUGGGGGAAGAGGUGACACAAAUUAGGUUUGGUAAGGCCGGUAUCUUCCUAUAUGUGGCAAAGUUCCGAGGAUCAAAGCCGAUUGAGAUCCUUAAGGUUUUCCCUUUCCAACACCAUCCAAAUCACGAGCAUGUCCGGAAAGACUUGGUCAAGAGAGGCCAAACAUUUCAGGAUUUAGCUGGAUUGUAUAUCCGGCACUGUAAAGGCAGUGCAUUCUUUACAAACAAGGAGAAGGCGAUCAAAGUUAAUAUCAACAAUCAAAUAGCAGUGGACGCUGUAUUUUUCUAUCAAAUACAACCAAACUACUCCCGACCUUCACUCCGCGAUCUAGGGGUCAAGGACAAAGAUGGAAUUAUUAUUAUUAACAUUGGGGUGAUAUCUAUGGAGGACCGUGAUGUAAAUACACAAAAACUGAGCGAGACUGAUUUCUUGGUCACCUGCCCAAUAGUAUACUGUUUCAGUUUUAAGGAAAAAAAGUUCUAUAUAUCAGACAACUGUGCAGUCAGUGCUCUCAAGGACAUAGAUUGGUCACCCGAAUCAUUCGACUGCCUGCAAAUCCUUUUAGAGAUGAAGACACUGCUCAUGUCAAUGGUAAAAACCCGCCUAGGUCUGAUACCAACGGUACCGUUCGACGACGUAAUUGAUGGAAAGGGCCAAGGACUCAACAUCCUUCUAAAAUAUGGGUUCAAGGGCCUGAAGGCGCUUCAACCAUUUCACAUCCUCUAA